UGCUCUACUGCCAACGUGAGCUAAGUGAUACGGGUCUUUGAGUAAAGCAAUUUUCACAUUCGCUAACACACCUGUGCGAGCAGUUGAAGUCGGCGCGUGUGCUAAUCGCUAAAAUAAAAUACAAAUAUUAAAUUUAAGUGAUUGUUAAUUAAAAAUAAAGUGUCCGGAUAUAAUUAUAGGCACCCUACAAGUUUUUUUCGAUUAGCAAAAAUGUAGAGGAGCAAUAAAAGUAAAAUGACAAACUCAAGAGAGACACAUGUAGCUAAAUAUUAAAGUCUAUAACACACGACUUUCAUUUACACAUUUUUUACACAAGCAUGCACUUGUGAAUAUCGUGCGACAAUUUUACAAAAAUUUAUAAAAAAUCAUAAAAAUGCUGACGCGUGCGAUUGCAAUAAUAUUCGUUCGACAGCAAAUCGCAAGCAAAAAUACUUAAAAAAAUAUAUCAAGCGCUUCCAAUUGAGUUGUGAAAAAUGAAAAGGUGAAAAAACAACAAAUUUGUUUGAAAGCCAACAAACGCUAAUAGAAAUAGCAACCUAUUAUUUACAUAAUCGAAAUCUGUAUGGAAAAUAAAUAAAUUUUGUAGUGUUAUUUUUCGCAUAUCGCGUCUAUUAAUUAUUGUUAUUCAACAAUCAUCAUGAAUAUGAUAUAUCAGUUCUUUCGUCACAAUCACGUCUUGGCCAUAUGCGAGGAUGCCAUUGACAACAAAUCGUUUACGUUAAAUUUAUCACGUUUCGAGAUGCCUGAAGUUCCUGACUUGGUGGAAAAGUGCCCCAUAUUGCUGAAGCUCUUCCUCAACCACAAUCACUUGACAAAGUUGCCAUCCAUUGUUGCCAAUUUGUCACGCCUGCAGGUGCUAACGUUGGACUACAAUCGUCUUGAUGCUUUCCCCAUGGUUAUUUGCCAGCUGACAAACCUGCGCGUACUUAAUCUUAGUUGUAAUGAAAUAGACAAACUGCCACCGGAAAUCGGUCAUCUUACACAACUCGAAACAUUUUGGUGCAAUAAUACGGGCCUACUAGAAAUUCCAGACGAGAUUGGCAAUUGUACUAGACUCGAGACAAUGGGCGCACGUGGCAAUAAACUGAAACAACUACCAAACAGUAUAGGUCAGCUGACGAAUCUGCGUUGGCUGACAUUUGAAUCGAAUGAACUGACUGAGGUUCCCGCCACAAUGGAUGGGUUCGUGAAGUUGGUACAUUUGAAUUUCAAGAAUAAUUACCUCACCAGCGUACCGGCUUGCCUGCGACACAUGCGUAAGCUGCAAUAUGUUUUACUGAAUAACAAUCGCAUAGAAACAAUGCCGGCUGCGGAAGAUCUCUUCAAUACACGAUUUGUGCGCGUGCUCAACCUCAGCGAAAAUCCAAUUUGCGAUGAGGAAGAAGCACGACGACAACUGAGGGAGCAUUUGCAUGUACAGUGUGAAGAGCGACUGGACGCUGCAGAGCAGCAACGCUUAGCAAUGCGUGGCAGCGAGCUGAGUGAGGACGAUGAUGACGAAGAGGGUGAUGCAAACUCUGAUUGGGAGAAUAGUAUAGAGACUAGUGAUUUAGACACAACAGAUGAGAGUGGACCAGAAAAUGACUUAGAGGAUAUUUCCAUGCUAAUACCAGAGCUUUCGCGAUACAUAACCAACUUUACUUGAAUACUCCCAGUUCGGACUUGAGCUCAAAUUUCGUCUUGCUUUAUGCUUAUAUGUAUUUUUGAAUAUCUAUCUAUACUUGCAUAAACAUAUUUAAUUAAACUAAUUGUUGGUAUUGAAAUUAUGUGAUAACUUCCAAAUUUUAAAAAUUAUA